CCGUGACGCUAGCGGCGCGGCCCAAUGGGAGCGCAGGGGCGGGGCUCGGCGACGGCGGUACGACGCCAUCGCCCUCCGACUCCUCCUGGCGCGGAAGAAGCUGUUGUUGUUGGCCGAGGCGCUGAGCGCGUUCGGGCCGCGCCGCCGCCAUUUUGUGAGAGUGUCUCGGGCGGGCGGGCGCCAUGUUUGUAAGGAAGAAAUAACCGGGCAUCUCCGGCCACCAGCACUCCCUUCCCCCCGUGUGUCCUCCUCCUCCUGUGCCCCGGGCCUGCUCCUCCGGGCCGCGCCGCCGCGCCGCCGGCCCCGCCGGCCCGCGCGGACUGCCAGAGCGGGCCGCGGGGCGGCCGGGCUCACCCUGUGCAGCCUCCUGCACAGAGUGACUGUUAGUGUCUCACUAAGUAACCGUGAGUGAAACCUUCAUCAUCUCUCCUCGCUGAGGGACCGACCCUCCUCCUCCUCCUCCUGCGCCUCCUCAGCGAGCCUCCUGCGCCGCCGAGUGCGCGCCGCCUCCUCCUCCUCCUCCUCACCACCACCACGGGCAGCAGCAGUGUCCUGCCUUCCUCCUCCACCUCCCUCCUCCUCCGCUCACCCCAGGGCCCGCACCAUGGCCUUUGAAAGCCUGUUCGCCAACCCCCCAAACCCAGCCCUUGGCCCAAACAUGCCCGACUCUGACAGGCACCAUGCGGGGGACGAAAGGGAAGAUGGUGAGCUAGAAGAUGGUGAAAUAGAUGAUGCAGGAUUUGAAGAAGUUCAGGAAGAACAGGAUGCAAAAGGGGAAGAUAAACAGAAAAAUGAAAAAGCACAUAGAAAAUCACGAAAGAAACGCAAAAAAGAAAAGGAAAAGAAAAAAUCAAAAAGGAGAAGACGGGAUAAACAUAAGUGUGAAACUUUUGGCAGCAUUCCAAAAUAA